CUCGGAGCCGCUGCUGUGGAACAGUGUGUGUGUGUGUGUAUGAAGUCUCUGUGUGGAUUAACGGAUGGAGCGUCUGACGCUGCUGCUCAGCCUCGCGGCACUCAGCACCACCCCAACACCAACACACAGCUAUCAGUGUAAUGGGCCGCUGGUCUCAGGUCUGCCGCCCACAGCCUUCCACAGCUCCUCCGUCUCCUCAGACAGCCAGUCGCCCCACUACGCCAAGCUCAACAGACGGGACGGAGGUGGAGGCUGGACGCCGGAGCGCACGGAUCGUCUGCGCUGGUUGCAGGUUGACCUGCGGGAGAGGGUAGAGGUCACUGCAGUGGCCACACAGGGCCGUUUCGGGAGCUCUGAUUGGGUGUCCAGCUAUGCGCUGCAGUACAGCGAUGCAGGACGAGCCUGGAAACAGUACAGGCUGGACGACAGCACUGGGACCUUCCCAGGGAACGCAAAUGCAGAUGGAGUCGUCCACCAUAAACUGUCCCACUCCAUCAGAACACGCUACCUGCGUUUCCUGCCCCUGGGCUGGAGCGCUGAGGGCUGGAUCGGACUGAGAGUGGAAGUCUACGGCUGCUCCUACAAGUCGGACGUGGCGGACUUUGACGGCCGGAGUUCUCUGCUGUACCGGUUUAAUCAGAAGUCUAUGAGCACGGUGAAGGAUGUCAUCUCGCUGCAGUUUAAGAGUCAGCGGGCGGAUGGGGUUCUGGUCCACGGCGAGGGUCAGCGGGGGGAUUAUAUCACGCUGGAGCUUCACCAGGGCAGCCUGGCUCUACACAUCAACCUGGAUGAUGCAAAAAUGCACCCGAGCAGUGGUCAUGUGUCCGUGUCUCUGGGCAGUCUGCUGGAUGACCAGCACUGGCACUCUGUCCUGAUCGAGCGCUUUAACAAACAGAUCAACUUCACAGUGGACAGACUGACCCGGCACAUUCGGACAGGAGGGCUGGGGGACUCACUAGAGGUUGAUUAUGAGCUCAGCUUUGGAGGAAUCCCUUUGCCUGGAAAACCAGGAACGUUUCUGCGGAAGAACUUCCACGGAUGUAUGGAGAACCUCUACUACAAUGGGGUGAACAUCAUUGACCUGGCCAAGCGCAAGAAACCCCAAAUUUACAGUGUGGGCAACGUGACCUUCUCCUGCUCUGAGCCCACAGCGGUGUCAGCCACCUUCCUGAGCUCCAGCAGCAGCUUCCUGCAGCUCCCGGCGGACCCUGCUGCGGAGGGGGCAGAGGGCGAGGGUGUGUCCGGCAGGUGGUCGGCCGGGUUUCACUUUCGGACGUGGAACAGAGACGGGCUGCUGCUGUGGAGUGGCCUGCAGCGGUCCGAGAGACUGCUGCUGCUGCUCGCUGACGGACAGCUCCGCCUUACGCACUACAGAUCAGCUGUACAGAGCGCCGAGAUAACAGUCGGUCAGGGUCUGAGUAAUGGUCAGUGGCACUCCAUACUGGUCAGUCUUAAUGGCCUCCAGGCAUCUGUCUCUGUGGACAAUGAGCCAGCUUCCAGCAUGCUGCUUGGAGAUCAUGCUCAGCUUGGGAGCACUGUGCUGAUUGGAGGAUGUCCAGCAGCAAUGGCCAAUCAGGGCUGCCGGAACCCCACGCUGGCCUUUCAAGGCUGCAUGCGUACCAUCAUCAUCAACAACCAUCCAGUCGACUUGUACCGUGUGCAGCAAGGCAUUCUUGGUAACUACAGCGAGCUCCAAAUUGACAUCUGUGGCAUCCGGGACAGGUGUUUGCCCAAUUACUGUGAGCACGAUGGCGAGUGCUCACAGUCCUGGAGCAACUUCCACUGUGACUGCUCGGGGACGGGCUACACUGGAGCUACCUGCCAUAACUCCAUCUUUGAACCAUCGUGUGAGGCUCACCGGCUGACAGGAAGCGCCUCGGGAUUCUUCUCCAUCGAUCCAGACGGCAGCGGCCCACUCAAGCCCACCGUCGUCUACUGCAACAUGACCGAGGAGAAGGUCUGGAUGGUCGUGGGUCACAACGGCUCCGCGCCGGUCAGUGUUAAAGGCUCGUCUCUGCAGAAGCCGCACGUCAUGAAGCUGAACUACAGCGCCACCUUGCAGCAGCUCAGCACACUGCUGCACCGCGCAGAGCACUGCCAGCAGGAAGUGCUGUACCGCUGUAGGAAGUCCCGCCUCUUCAACACCUGGGAUGGAACCCCCUUGUCCUGGUGGUUGGAUAGAGGAGGUGAGAGGAGAACAUACUGGGGUGGUUUCCUGCCUGGAGUUCAGCAGUGCUCCUGCAGCCUGGCAGAAAACUGCAUAGACAUGAACUACUUCUGCAACUGUGAUGCAGACAGGAACUCAUGGGAGAAUGACACCGGACUUUUGUCCUAUAAGGAUCACCUCCCAGUAACGGAGAUUGUGGUUGGAGAUACGAAUCGGACGGGUUCAGAAGCUGUUUACAAAGUGGGUCCUCUGCAGUGCUAUGGCGACAGGUUUCUGUGGAAUUCGGCUUCGUUCUAUCAGGAGUCGUCCUACCUCCACUUCCCCACGUUGCAGGCUGAGCUCAGCAUGGACAUCUCCUUUUACUUUAAAACCACAGCGCCCUCUGGAGUCUUCCUGGAGAACCUCGGAGUCAAACACUUUGUCCGGGUGGAACUGAGCGGUCCGUCAGUGGUGACGUUUGCGUUUGAGGUGGGGAACGGGCCGGUGGUGCUCACGGUGAAGUCCCACAUCCCGCUGAACGAUAAGCAGUGGCACUACGUCCGAGCGGAGAGGAACGUGAAGGAGGCGUCGCUGCAGGUGGACCAGCUGCCCCUGCGCUUCCUGGAGGCGCCGUCCGAUGGCCACAACCGGCUGCAGCUCAACGGCCAGCUGUUUAUCGGUGGAACCGCCUCCAGGCAGAAGGGAUUUCUGGGAUGUAUCAGGGCAUUAAAUGUUAACGGAUUGACCCUAGACCUUGAUGAGCGAGCGAAGAUGACUCCAGGGGUCAGCUCAGGCUGUCCGGGUCACUGCAGCAGCCAGAACCGACUGUGCCACAACCGUGGCCGCUGCAUUGAGAAGAGCAGUGGAUACGUGUGUGACUGCACGCACUCAGCGUACGGAGGACCGCACUGCCAGAAAGAGGUGUCUGUGUCGUUUGAGAGCGGGACAUCGGUGACCUACACCUUCCAAGAGCCGUUCUCUGUGAUGCGCAACAAGAGCAGGCAGUCGUCGGCCAUCUACGCCCAGAGCAGCAAGUCCCGAGAGAACGUGGCCUUCCGCUUCCUCACCACGAAGGCACCGGCCAUGCUGAUGACCGUCACCACCUACCAUCAGCAGUACAUGGCCGUCAUUCUUGCCCACAACGGGAGUCUGCAGAUCUGGUACCAACUGAACAGAGAGAAGCAGCCGGAUGUGUUCACGCCCACUCAACACAGCCUGGCCAAUGGGAAGCUCCACAGGAUACAGCUGCACCGAGAGGGGAGGGACAUGUACGUUCAGGUGGACAAGGACAUCAACCAGAAAUACAGGCUCUCCACAGAUAGAGAGCUAAACAUGAUCAGGUCGUUGACAUUGGGCAAAGUCACAGGUCGAGCAGGUGUGGACGAGGAGGUGCUCCAGGCCGGAUCGAGAGGUUUCAUUGGCUGCCUGUCAUCCGUCCAGUUUAAUCACCUGGCUCCUCUGAAAGCAGCUAUACUGAACAGGGGGAGCUCACUGGUCAGCGUGCUCGGCAAUCUGGUGGAGUCCAACUGUGGGGAGCUGGCGGAUAAAUCCUCCUCACGCUCACUAUCAGACCACACAGAUGGAGAGAACAGAGGAAAGGAGCGCCUGAAGAAUUCGGAGCAGAGUGACUCGGCUGUAAUUGGAGGUUUAAUAGCUGCCCUGGUCCUCGUCGCGCUCUCCGUUUUGGCAGUCAUGCUGCGUUUUCUGUAUCGCUACAGGCUCCAGCACUCCCAGCAGACCCCGUCAGUGAAGGAGAAAGACCACCCGUCUCAGCCGGAGCUUAACUACCGCACACAGCUCAGCCUGCACAGCUCCAUCAGGGACAGCAGGAAAGAGUACUUCAUAUGACCUCUGUGAUCUUCAGCCUCCUAACCCCUCACCAACUGACCCUGUGGUCAGGUAGGAGGGGGCAGGAGUCUGGCCAAAUCUGCAGGACACAGGCAGCGACCUUCACCCUCCGUGCUCACUCAAGCUGUGCUUUUGUGCCCUCUGUAGAUAGCAGAUUUGUGUGGAUGAGGACACAGCCGACACUGAACUGCAAGGGUCUGCUAAUGUAAUGGAGGAUAAAAGACCCCUGUAUCCAUGGCAACAAGUCUGCAGUGACCUUUAACCUCCUUCCCAACGUAUUUGGCCUAAUUAGGCUGUGUUUCAAGGCAUUUAUGGGCAGCAGGCAGGCCAAAUUGUGUGCACUGGGACAAAGCCAAGGCUCUGAACUGCUAAUUCAGUGCAGGAUGGAGUCACUGUUAUAGAUAUCAGACAGCAAGCAGGGUUUGUGUGAAUUGGGUCGCAGCCGACAUCUCCACUGCAAGGGCCUGCGCAUGCAGGGAAGGACAAAAGACCCCUGUAUCCAUGUCAAUGGAGGAAUCAAGUCUGCAGUGACCUUUAACCAACCUCCCUCAUCCAUCCAGUCCAAUUAAGGCUGUGUUUCAAGGCAUCUAGUGAGGUUUAUGCUCUAUGGUUUGGGUGCAGCCAAUCCUGGGGACUGCUUGGGCAAUGGAGCAAACAACCUCUGAGGAAUCAAGGCCUCAACCCUCCCCUCCCACUCUGUGCUUCUGUGCCCUCUGUAGGUAGCAGGUAGCAGAUUUGUGUUGAUUGGGACGCAGUCAACCCUGAACUGUGAGGGUCUGUUGAAGUAAUGGAGAACAAAAGCCCCCUGUGUCUAUUACAAGGGAGGAAUUAAGUCUGCAGUGACCUCUAACCACCAUCUCCCAUGCGUCCAGCCCAAUUAGGCUGUGUUUGAAAGCGUCAGGGCUGCAAAUUGUGGCCGACUGUGUGGAUUGGGACACAGCCGAGGCUCUGAACUGCCGAUUUGGUGGGGGGGGACAAAGCCACUGUUUCAGCCUAAUCAAAGCUCGUUUCUGGUCUUUAGACAGCAGACAGCAGGAAGGGUUUGGGUGGAUUGGGACGCAGCCGACACUGGGAUCUGCUAAAGCAAUGGAGUGCAGAACCUCUGAAGAUGCAGAGCUCCCCACAGGACUUUUAACCUCCACGCUGUGUUUUUGUUCCCUGUGUAGUUAGCAGUUAGCAGGUGGGACCAAUUAGUGUGGAUUGGAACACUGCCGACACUCAACUGCAGUGCGCUGCUAAUUCAGUGGAGGGCAAAACCCGCUGUUUCAGCUCACCAAGCUACGUUCAACCCAGUCAAGCUGUGUUUUUGUGCCCAGUGUAGAUGACAGGUUACAAGUUGGGAUAAAUGUGUGGAUUGGGGCGCAGCCAACCCUGAACUGCGACCUGCUAAUUCAACACAGGACAAAGCAACUAUAUUGAUGUCAAGGGAUGAAUCAAGGCAAACCUGUUAACUGGCUCUAUGACCUUCAAAUCUAGUCCUUAAAGGCCUCCAAUGGUUCCUGACCGUCGGAUUACUGUGUGUGGAUCCUGCGGGCAGGGAGUUACAUUUGCUGAAGGCCCAUGGCCAGUUUGUGGCCAGUAUGUGGCUGCUGGACGUUUGAUGCAGUUAUUCCCCAUCAUAGCUGGCACAAAGGAUUAUCCUCUGCUUUUCAGAAGAUCAGUGGCUUGGAUCUAUUCAGCUUUAUUGGGCUUUGGCCACUAGGGGGCUCUGUGAGCAUGAUUGCCAAUACAACUUGACAAAAAUACAACUAUGUUGAUGGAUUUGUCAUUUUAGGUUAUUCAUACUUUCACGGCGAGCUUUGGUUUACACUGUUUACACUACGCUACCUUUAUGAUUUGCUCGCAAUCACAAAUAUCACUGCUGUCAGUCAUGUUCACUCUACUCAGCUCAGUGUGACUGUCGGACGACGCCGAACAGAAAAAUAUGAAAUAUGACAUGUUUAAUGAGAAAAUAUGAGGAAUGUUAAGUAACAUUUUCUACUUUCCUGCUUAAUUAAGUAUUUAACUAGUUAUGCAAUAACAUUUACAUUCUGUAUCGACAGGUUAAAUAUCUGCCCUGUGUUUAUAUAAUCAAGGCAUAUUGCAGUUUUGAUGUAUACAGUUGUAUGCAAAUGUUUGGCCGUGACUGACAAAUUGUAGGUUGUCCAGUCUUUUGCAUAUAUAGAUCCACCCCAUGCUUAACAAUUAACACGGAGUUCCUUUUAUCAAAUGCUAUACUAUAGACAUAAGUAUGCGAAACAUCAUCUGUUAAUGAAAGGAUCUUGGUUAAAUUAAGCAUGGGGGGUGGAUCUGUAUGCAAAAGACUGGACACCCUACUAACUCACUACUUAGCAACACCCCUUUUGGUAGUUAUCACAGAUUGGAAACACUUGGAGAAUAUUCCUGUUUCUCGGGCCAUCUUGCGUGCCCAGCAAACUGGCUGCCAGACAACACAAAGCUUAAACCCGAUGCUUAACAGUUGGCACGGAGUUCCUUUCAUCAAAUGCUGUUCCUUUUGUUCUCACUGCAAAACGUGGUAUCUUGUCAAGUAAAAUUGUUGAAUAUAGCUAAUAAAUCUAAUAUUUGUCUUCUGGAGAUUGUUGUAAGCUUAAUUUGCCUUAUUUCUAGACAUUGUUUGCUUGUUUGAAGUCAUUCCGUUAAGUAAAAUUGUCCCACUACAUCGGCAGGUUAUCUCUCUGGUUGUAAGAAAUGUGCCUGAAACCAGCACAACUAUCGCAAACUAUAGUUUUACUUGAUAAAAUUACCUAAAACAAGUAAAUAAUGUCUAGAAAUGUUACAUAAUCUUAUAAUAAGUGCCCAGCCAUCUCAGAAUGGGAAAUGUUACAUGUAUCGACUACAUUUAAGAUCAUUUCACUUGACAAGAUCCCGGUUUUCGUAGUGUUUUUGGUUGAUUGUGGCUGAAGCGUUCCAUUUUUACUAAAUCAGUCCAUAGCACUUGCAUCCCAAAUGCCUCUGGCUUACCUUAGUGUUGUUUUGCAGACUUCAGAUAUUGAUGUUUGUGAUAAGAUUGGUAAGGAUACCUUCUGACAACUCAUCCAUGUAGAUCCUGUUCGUGCAACACCAGCUAAACCUUCCCGCAAAUUCUUUGCUGCCAUAUGGGGGUUUUGCUUUGCAAUUUCGGGCCAGUGUACAAGCAGUUCUACCCAAGUUUUCCAGAUUUUGCCUCGACUUCCACAGCUGCUUUUAAUGGCUAUUUCUUAAUGGCAUUUUGGACAUUGAGAACUGCAAACUCUGUGCACUUUUAUAGCCUUUCCCUGCUUUGUCAGAUUAGUUUUCAGAUAAUUAGUCCUAGAGAAGCUCAUGGUUGUCGAGUGUAAGGACAAGGUUUGAAGAGCCAGAGAGUCUAUUACACUCAUCAGCUAAUACCUUGUCACCAGUGCUGAUGGAUGGAGGGUGUUAGUCUUGAAUAAAACCGUAGCAGAACAGCCA